UAUCAUUCAGUUGUCACUUGUCGCAGGUUGCCAAUGGCAGGUGUUUGUGAUUUUUUACGUCACAAAUUAUCGUGACAAUUCUUUUUUUUUUUUUUUUUAAACUAUUAUUAUUAUUUUUUUAACACAAAAAACAUUGUUAAAAGAAAAGGAUAAAAUAAAGUUCAUAUUAAAAUAAAUAAACAAUGCUGCUACGUGGUAAAAUAACAGUAUUAUUUUUAUUUAUAAUAAUUUUUUGUAUUGUGAAUAUUUGUGAUGGCGCAGCAUCAGAUAUUGAACUUGAUGCAAAAGCACAAUUAUUACAUCGUCUUGAUUGUCGUAAUUUAUUGCUCUAUACAUUUUUAUUAAUAUUAACUGUAUUAACAAUUUGGACAUUUAAACAUCGACGUUUACGUUUUCUUCAUGAAACUGGGCUUGCUGUUAUCUAUGGACUUAUAAUUGGUGCAAUAAUACGAUAUGGCUUUAAACCAGACAGUGCCAUUCAUCAUAUGCGUGUUCAAGAAAAAAAUGAUAGUUCAUAUAAUCAAUCAGUACCACCAGAUUCAUUAUGGCUGAGUUUUCCUGAAGACAAAGGUGGUGGUAAUAUUAAAAAUAAAACAUUUUCAUACAGUUUUAAGGGAGAAAUUUACAGAGAAGAUCGUGAAAUUGAUCUGAAGGCAACAUUUGACCCAGAAAUAUUUUUCAAUAUUAUUUUACCACCAAUUAUAUUUCACGCUGGUUACAGUCUAAAAAGACGUUAUUUUUUUCGUAAUCUAGGUGCAAUAUUGCUUUUUGCAUUGGUUGGUACAACAAUAUCAUCAUUUGUCAUUGGUACAUUGAUGUAUGGUUUUAUCCAACUAAUACCACAUUUAUCAGACCAAUUUGGAUUUUUGGAUACAUUAUUUUUUGGAGCACUUAUAUCUCCAACAGAUCCACUCACAAUAAUAUCAAUAUUUAAUGAUCUCCAUGUUGAUGUUAAUCUAUAUGCUCUUGUCUUUGGUGAAAGUGUAUUGAAUGAUGCAAUUGCCAUUGUACUUAGCGGUUCUAUACAAAAUUAUGGAACUCGAUAUCAAACUGGCUCAGGUGGUUUUGAGACAGUUGCAUUCUUCCAAGCAGUUAGUGAUUUCGUUGGUAUAUUUAGUUUUUCAUUAUUUAUCGGUGCAACAAUGGGUUGUAUCACAGCAUUGUUAACAAAAUUUACAAGAGUACGUGAUUUUCCAUUGUUGGAAUCUGCUCUAUUUGUUCUCAUGUCGUACAGUACUUUUCUCAUUGCUGAAGCGUCUGAUCUCACUGGUGUUGUUGCUGUUUUAUUUUGUGGUAUUUGUCAAGCUCAUUAUACAUAUAAUAAUUUGAGUCCAGAUUCACGACAAAGAACAAAACAAUUAUUUGAAUUAUUAAAUUUUCUUGCUGAAAAUUUUAUAUUCAGUUAUAUUGGAGUGUCAAUGUUUACAUUUCCAAAACAUCGUUUUGAUCCAGGUUUUAUAUUUUCUGGUUUUAUAUGUGCACUUAUUGGACGUGCUGCAAAUGUUUAUCCAUUAUCAUUUCUUAUGAAUCUUGCUAGAAAACCAAAAAUACCAAUGAAUUUUCAACACAUGUUAUUUUGUGCUGGCUUACGUGGUGCAAUGAGUUUUGCUCUGGCCAUUAGAAAUACUGUAUCUGAUGCUAGACAAGCUAUGUUAACAACAACAAGUUUAAUUGUCAUUCUGACUGUUAUAUUUCAAGGAGGUGCAACAACACAAUUUCUCAGCUGGUUUAAAAUACCUGUUGGUGUUGAUGAAGAAGUUGAGGGACUUUCUCAUACUGCUGUAAGAAGUGUGUACAGUUCUAUUGACACCAGUGGGUCAAGUGGCGAAGGUGGCAUUGGAAAUCUGGAGAAUCGACGGGAGCAAAAUAAUCCCCCGUACAAUUCAAUUGGAGAUGGUUCAGUAUCAGGUGAAAAUACAACAAGAAAAACAAAUGAAAAAGCAUUUCUUGCACGUAUUUGGGGUGAUUUUGAUGGUAAAUAUAUGAAGCCACUUCUUACACACUCAAGACCAACACUUCUUGAGACACUGCCAGUUUGUUGUACACCACUUGCCAGAAUUUUAACAACAACACAACAAUUAUCUCAGGAGGAUAUUACAAGAAGACCUGAUUCUGAUUCUGAUCUGUGUCUUGAAGCUCAAGAUAUGGGAUGGAAUAUUAAUGUCGAACCGGUGAGUUAUCAUCAACAAAAUUUAAAUUACACUGUUAAUCCAUGCUACCAAUCUAACAACAGUGUUAACUCAAAUAAUCCUAAUGAACCCUAUGUCAUCCUAAAUCUAAAUAGAAGAUAAAAAUACAUAAUAUUAUAAUUAUUUAUUUAACCAAAGUUUUUUAUUUUUUUAUAAAUUUUUUCAUCAAUAUUUUCCAUGAUGAAAUUGUCUUCUGCUUUGACUCAUUAAUCCUUGAGUUAAUUUAAUUUUACAUAUACAAUCUGGAUAUUUAUAAUAAAUAAAAAAAAACUUUCUUUUCCUUUUUUUUUUUUCAUGUAAAAUGUGCCUAUUAUUAACAUACUUGCAUGAAACUAAAUUGGAUUAAAUUAUUUAUUGCUUUUAGCAUUAUAUUAAAUGACAAUGAUAUAUACACAACAUUUUAAUCAUUUUUAUAUAUACAAAAACUAAUAAUUAACCAUUUAUUUUUAUGUAAAUUAUUGUGUAAAUAAUAUUUAAGUAUAAGUGUGCUAAUUAACAAUUAAAAAAAUAAAAUUAUAAAAACAGUGUGUGUGUGUGUAUCACUGUUUUUGUGUUUAUUACUAAUUUAAUCAUAACAAAUUAAUCAAUCAAAAUAUUAUCAUUUAAAAAAAUUGUCCAUUGUUUAGCUUUGUGUUUUUAAUUUUAUUCAAUAUCGAUGAAAAAUUAUGUUUGAUGUUUAACAAGCCAAGGGAAUAUUUUAUAAAUUAAAUAUAUAUUUUUUUUUCAAUUUAUUAUUAUAAUAAAUAAUUAAUUGAAUUUUAAGUUUGCUUGUUAUUUUCUUUACUGCGAAAUUGUGUCUGUCUUCAGUCUUAUUAGCUGUUAAAUUACAAAAUUAAAAAUCAAGUUUUUUGUCUAGAAAACAUCGAGUGUUUUAUUCCAUUUUUUUUUUUUUUCUUUCUUUAUUUUUGGUGAUUGAUUUUCUAGAGGAAGAAUAUUUUUCGUGAUCAAGACGAUGAGUAUGAUGAUCAAGAGCUGAAAGACAUUGGAUUGGAGGGAUUUAUUCCUUUGAGAACAUUAUAAAUUUAUAAUUAUGACAGCCAAGCAUUUAAAUUAUAUUAUCGUCGUUAAAAAUAAUCCAUAACAAAAGUACUUAAUUCAAACUGGCAC